UGGGGGGGGACCCUGCGGGGAGAGGGGUGUCAGCCCCGAGCUGCCCUUCCCCGCGGCGGCAGCCUCCCGCUGCCCUGGCGCUGCAGGCUGCACGUCUCCUUAAUUAGAUAGACAGGUAAAAUCAGACAUGGUACACUGACAGCAUUUGGAAAUAAACUUUGGCAAUAAGAUGGAAGCAUAAAUCUCAAGACUUUAAACCAAAACAGAAAUGGCUCAUGAGUAUUGAAACAAGAGACUGAAGAGCCUCCAACACUUCCGUGUGAGCAGUGGAAAAGGAACAACUACCAUGGUAACACUAAUAACAGAAAAACUGCAGAACCAGAGCUUGGAUGAUCUGACGUGUAAAACAUACAAUAUUAAUCUGUACUCAUCUGAGAAGCUGAAUAGAAGUGGCAGCUUGUUCCCUUUUGAAAUCAACGAAGAGAGUCCUUGGAAAGCUUUAAAUGGGGGUUGCCCAAUCCAGACUGACACAACAAGGAAUUCAGCUUACCCUUUUGCAGUGUGCCCAUUCAGCACCGGCACUACCAGUAAUGGUAGCCUGCAGUGGCAGCAGGAAUCUUCCAGUACAUCUAUGGUGUCAGGAUGGAUAAGCGAAUUAAACCUUAAUGAAAACUCGGGUCAACCCUUAGCACCACCAACGAAACGCCAUUGUAGGUCCCUCUCUGAGCCAGAUGAGCUGGCUCGCUGUCGGUCACCGUGGAAGCCUGGCAAUUCAAAGGUUUGGACUCCUGUGUCAAAGAGACGGUGUAAUAGUGGAGGUAGUGCUACCUUGCAACGCUGCAACAGUCAUGGAAGUGCAACCUUACAGAGAAGCACAAGUAUCAGUCUCCCACAAAACAUACUGUCACUAAAUAAUGUCUUCACUAUCACCAGCUUCAACACAUCACCAGUACCCAGACCUUCCUCUGCCAGCAGCGGGUUUGUGGACAGUAGCGAGGGCAGCACAAGCUCGAGUACCCGCUGGAAUUCUGGAGGCCCUUGUGACUUUAACCCAAGGCGCCGCCUCUCCCUCUCCCAGGAGCACAUCACCGAGACGGGAAAUCUCUUGCCUUCAGCCAACAGCACUCCCACCUCCACACCUGAGCUCAGCCGGCGUCAGGGCUUGUUGAGAUGCCGCUCUCAGCCUUGUGUUCUGAAUGAAAAGAAAAGCCGGCUAAAGCGCAGACGGGAGGAGGAUGUACGAUGGAACAGACCAUCGUUAGACUUUUUUAAAAUGACACGGACUUUAAAAAAUUCCAAAAGUCUUUGCUCCCUUGACUAUGAAGAUGAUGAUGAUGACACACAAAUGAAGACAAUUGUGUCAUCCCCCUGUGACUCAAAUGAUCUUAUGAACAUCAUCACCCCUGGUUCCAGUCCGAUGAAAGAGCAGCUGGAUGAAGUAAGGCAUCAUGGGUCAUGCCAAGGUAGCUUCAAAACAAGGGAUUAUAAGAAAGCAGCUGCAGUAUGUGAAAGUGAUGAGGACACAAGUGAUUGUGAGAGCACCGAAGAAGGCAUCUUCCCUCUAGACUGUGGGGACUUGGACCUAGAGCAGAUUGAAAACAACUGAGACUGCAAGUUGUGUGCUAGGAUCAGAGUUGUUCUAAAUUAAAAUGAUAGAGGAUUACCUUUGCCAUGCAUAAUCCAUGUCCCUGAAUCUCUGUAUUGCCUAUCUUGGGCCUGUGUUAGAAGAAAUGUUUCAGGUGGGGGAAAAACGUGAACCAUUGUUACCUGUUUAGUCUGUUGAUCAAUAUGUGGAUGACAACAAAAGUAGGAGGUUAAAUGUUAUUUUGAACAUUAAGGAAUAAUUUUGAUUAAAGAUUUCCUAACAGAUAUUUUGCAUUUUUAUGGCUUUUACAGUUCUGGAGAAAAAGCAUCUCUAUUUUGAAAUGAAUUUUCAGAAGGGCAUUCUAUAAAACUAAAUCUCUCUACAGUGAUUCUGGUGCGGGUAUAUGUUGCUUUUGUUAAAGAGCUUAAUGUGAACAGUGAAUUGCAUAACAAAAUUGGUAAUAAACCUUCGGAUAGAACUCUUACAUCUGGUUGGCAACUGGUCCAAAAAUACUUAACUGCCAUCUUCAACAGUGUCUGGUUAAAAAAAAAAAAAAAAAACAAAAAACAAA